GACUAUGAUGAUUUGAUGGACAACGAUCCCGUGUUAGAGAUGAUUCGGCAAAAACGACUAGAGGAGAUUCGGACAGCACAAAUUAAGCACGCCGAGAAUGUUGCCAAAGGCCAUGGGCAGUAUCGAACGAUUUCGCAGGACGAAUUUCUGCCAGAAUGCACAGGCUCGUCCGAAUUUGUUGCCGUCCAUUUCUUUCACGACGAGUUUGAGCGCUGCAAAAUCAUGGACCAUCAUUUAAAAAUUGUUGCGACACAGCAUACUACCUGUAAAUUUCUGAGAAUUGACGCACAAAAAACACCGUUCUUUGUCAGCAAACUUCAAGUGAGAACACUACCAACGCUUAUAGUUUUUCGCGAUGGCAAGGCGCUGGAUCGAUUGACAGGCUUUGACGGCUUAUCCCCUGUAGAU